AUGUUUCUCCGUUGCUCAGUUUAUUUGAUGCGUACCACCGCAAGAUUUCUCCACUGUGUUAGGGGGAUUACGAGUAUUUCGACUGAUGAUUCGUUGCUGGCCGUUCCUUACAGAGACUUUGAUGUAUUGAUUUCCGAUAUUGACGAAAACGAAUUAAUUGAAAUAGGAGCCGCCUACAACAUCGAGAAUAUGUCGGUUGGAGCGUUUUCUAGCACACCUUUUCCCGCCAUGGGGCGCAUCCACGAAAGGAACUUCCGUUUGAUGAUCCCAUUAAAGCAAAAAAUUCUGAAUGUUUGGUUCCUUGCAAACAGCAGCUCACCCUACACCUAUUUGACGGUGAAGAUGAUUGAAGAACUCGUUGGCCCUGGAUUCAGCCACGACCUCCACAACAUUGUCAUACACGACUCAGAAAGAUACAUAGAGUGCCACAUUUCGAGAGCUCAUUUUGCAAAUGUCAAUAGCUUGGGAAUGUACGCGAUGGAAGGGUUGGAAGUGUCAAUUGACUUCGAUUAG